AUGAGAAGCAAACAAGCUUCUGCUCUCCUUUUCACUUUGCUUGCUGGGCUGCUUUCUCAAAGCCUACUCAUCCCUGUAUUGUCCACCUCCAUUACUGAUCAGAAAAGCUACUACUCUCCUCCAGACCCACAUUCUGGAUCUCCUCCAUCAGGUUCACAUGGCAGUCCUAUCCCACCAUCACAUGGUAAUGGAGGAACGCCACAUUACUCCACACCAACACCUUCCACACCGUCUGGUGGCGGUGGAUACUACAACCCUCCGUCUUCUGGUGGUAGCCCACCAAGCACCCCUGUAGAUCCAGGCACUCCUAGCACUCCAAGCACUCCUAGUGUUCCUAGCACACCAAGCACGCCUACCAUUCCCACUACUCCAUUUACCUGCAAUUAUUGGCUGAAUCAUCCAGGAUUGAUAUGGGGAGUAUUGGGAUGGUGGGGAACAUUAGGAAAUGCCUUCGGAGCAACCAAUGUCCCAGGGUUUGGAACAAAUCUCAACUUGCUCCAAGCACUUUCUAACACAAGGAAUGAUGGGUAUGGGGCCCUUCUCAGAGAAGGAACUGCUUCGUACCUCAACUCUCUUGCUAGUAACAGAUUCCCCUACACAACCAAGCAAGUUAGGACAAGUUUCGUCUCAGCACUCAGCUCCAACAAAGCAGCAGGCGAUCAGGCCAACACGUUCAAGUUAGCCAACGAGGGCAAAAUUAAACCCAGAGCUUGAUUUCCCCACUUUUUCCUACCAUUUACCAUCUAAAUAACUAAUGAGUGUGCCUUAGCAGUUAGUAGUGAGACAGUGAGACCAAUUUACCAUUGCAUGUGUUGUUUUGUUUUAUUUUGUUCUUGUUUCUAGUUUCUUGCAAUCUCUUUUGUUCAUGUAUUUGAACAUAGAGAUGCUCAGUCUUUGUUAUCCAAAUUCAUUGUGAAAUCAAGAUUGUUUCAAGAGUUAAAUUUGUUUAA